UACGCUCUGCACGUCUACAACGAGGUGAUGUCAGUGGGUCAGAAGUACGGGAUUCGUAACGCCGGUUACUAUGCGCUUCGCAGCCUGCGCAUCGAGAAAUUCUUCGCCUUCUGGGGUCAGGACCUCGACGCCUUCACCACGCCGCUGGAGUGUGGACGAGAGUUCCGGGUUAAAUUUGACACGGACACGGAUUUCCUCGGUCGCGAGGCCUUGCUGCAGCAGCGUCAGGACGGCGUGUCCCGGCGGUUCGUCAUGCUGGUUCUGGAGGACCACGACACGGAGCUGGACCUGUGGCCGUGGUGGGGCGAGCCCAUCUACUGCAACGGCCAGCUGGCGGGGACGACCACCAGCAGCGCCUACAGCUACACCCUGGAGCGCCACGUCUGCCUCGGCUUCGUCUCGCCGCCUUUCGGUCCAGAGGGGCUCCCCACGCCCAUCACCCCGGACUUCAUCAACCGCGGGGACUACGAGGUGGACAUCGCCGGCCAGCGCUACCCUGCCAAAGCCAAACUGUACCCCUUCAGCUCGCUCUUCACGCAGCAGAAACGCCGCAAGGACGAUCUGGAGAUAGGCAACCUGCAGGGGAAGUGAACUUCACCGGGACACUCCUUCAGUCACCAAAUCCACUCCUGCUGUUACCUCGCAGUGCCGACUUCUCAUCCCCGGUCUCGCCCUUCACCUGAGGGGCUGUGUGCACAAUCACUCCGAGUCCCUCUUUAUAUUUAACUUCCACGACGCCUCUCCCUCGUUCAAAGUGCAAUAUUUAAGAAGCACCAAAUUCUUGAGCCGCAUAACGUACAAGAGCUCCUGUUUUUCAUCCGACUCUGCAGUUCUUCUUCUUCUUCGGCUCUCCUCUGCGUCGUACUGAACGACUCGACGGCUGCUCGCUGAGACGGUCUGAAGUUAAGUGCCUUUGUGAAGGCAACGUCACCUUUAUCUGUUCAGGACUCCUUUUUGUUUCACUUUGUUCACUUUAACCCACUGAGAAUCGACAAUCUUCUCCUGAUGUGGAACGGCCACUUUGAUGCUCCGUCUCCGCGGAGCCUGAAGGCGUUUGAGUGAAAAACGUUCUUUAAUGCUAACGCCCAAACACUAGAUAUAAUCUGCAACAUCAAAUUGUACAUUUGCUUCUGUAAAGAAUAUGAGUGGUUAGAUGAAUGCAGAUCCUUUAUACGCUCUCUUAUAUCAACUCCACUGCAGUAUCCUAAACGGUGAGGGAACAUAUCGUACUCAGAGGGAUAAAAAUCAUCAUCAGGCUGAUUAGCAUACGAGCUAACGUUUGUUUUGUGUCUAGUCAUCGCUCCUCCUCGUGUCCCGUUAACAAGGCUCCUCUUCUAAAAGCUUAAGAGGAAAUUCAGUGUCUUUACCCUCCGCUUUAACCUGUUCUGUUGUCUGAUGUGUGUAGAGUUUGUCUGUGAUGCAUUAUGGGUAAUGUAGUCCAACUUUUCUUUUUUUGGUUUGAGGUCACUUUGAGGCUGUUUGGAUGCUUCAGUUUCGUUUGAUGGGUGUGUCGUUGGACGUGUUGAUGAUGUAAAGGUGAAGAGUGGGAUUGCCCGUGACCCCCCCCCCAUGUUAUAUCUCACCUGCAUGUUUAGAGUUCUACCUUUUAAUUGUGAUUAGAAAUAAAUUAAUGUAUUUUUGUACA